AAUUGUUUUAUGUCUCAUUAAAGUUUUUGGCAAAUAUUGAAACUUUGAAUUAAGGUCGCAGCGCUUUGGGUUUGUUAUCUAUGUGAGGAAAAAUCUGGAAGACACAUCUUUAGGACAUUUGUACUACAGGAACAGCGGAGCUCUUGGUUUAGAGAUUAAUAACGUGUGACAAUGAACAAUUCAGAGAAGACUGGCAUUAAUAAAGAAAAAGCUAAAGAUGAAGAUAUAUCAUCAGAAAUCAUGAAACGGCGAUGGGUACCGAGUAGCUUUAGAAGCAUACCCUGGGAGUGCUUCCAAUUUGCGGGGUAUGAAAUCAAACUUAGAGAAACCACUGACUGCUAUGGUGCGUACGUCUGGCCUUCGGCCUUGGUGUUGUGCUAUUACCUGGAACACAGUCAGAAAGAAAAUCAUCUUAUUGAUAAAAAUGUAAUUGAAAUAGGAGCAGGAACAGGAUUGGUAUCAAUUGUUGCUGGUUUACUUGGCUGUCAUGUGAUUGCCACAGAUCUACCUCAUUUACUGGGAAACCUCCAGUACAAUAUAUCACGAAAUACAAAAUUGAGAAGCAAGUAUCAGCCACAGGUCAGAGAACUUAGAUGGGGAGUAGAUUUGGAAAGCAAAUUCCCCAGAAAUGCUUGUCAGUAUGAUUAUAUUAUGGCCGCUGAUGUGGUCUACAGUCAUCCAUACCUGGAUGAACUUCUAAUGACUUUUGAUCACUUAUGUCAAGAUAACACCAUCAUUUUGUGGACAAUGAGAUUUAGACUUGAUGAAGAUAAUGAUUUUGUGAAGAAGUUCCAGUGUAUAUUUGAUACUGAAGUUAUUUAUGAUCUUCCAACUUUACAGAUAAAGUUGUACAAAGCAAAAAGAAAAGUUUUGCAAACUGGUAAAAUGAUAUAGUGAAAAGCACAGCCAUCACAGGAGAACUAGCAAACUGUUAGCAAUUGUGAAACAAUAGUUCUCCUUAUCAUGGUGAGUUAGGUUUAAUUCCCUGGGAAUCAGACUUCAAAAUGAUGUAAGAUGAUGUACUUUCAAGAAAAUUUCUAUUGGUCUCCAAGCUUCCACUAUUUGACAAGAUUUCCCAGCUAAGUAACCUGCAAAGAAAAGGUUUAGCUCACAACAAACGUUUAAACAGCCAGCCUAAAUGAAAUGUUUAAAUGAACCUGGAUUUUUGGCAUUGGCACAUGCUCAUGAUAAGAAUCAGUCAGAUCGUACAGCUCUUUCUGAGACCACAAUUGCAAAAGUAUCUGCAUUAAUUGCUAAUUAGAAGGAGAACGUUUACUACUAUUCAAGCAUUUAGAGAUGCCAAGUAGGAACGGAAAUGUUCCAUUCCAUUGUUCUGUAACUUUGCCAAAGAUUUUAUUUAGAAGUGUAGCAGGGACAUUUUUCUCAGUCACUAGAAGUGCUUCUUUUGUUUAAAGUUCUGUGCUUUCCAUUUUCAUUUCGCCACAAAAUGUCAUUGUUCUCCUGUUUUUGAAAAUUAGUUUUUUGAAAUAGAAUACAUACGUUGAAUGCCUAAAAAAGAACAAACUUUGAUUUAGUGUAGUUUUCAUUUAUAAACAAAUUCCCGACAGCAAAUUAAAAUACAAAAUAUUAAUUCUGCUAAACAUUACCUUUUUGAGGCACAUGAUAAGGCACUCAGUUGGCUGAUAAAUACAUUCAUGGUUACUCUUCCAAAUAUGACUGCCAUGCAGAGCAAGUAUGUAACAGAAGACAAGAGACACUCGGAAUAUCUUGAUUCAACAUUCUUCAAAGUUCUGGGAGGAUUACAGAAAUAAGACUUUAGUUGGAAUUACACUGAUACAUUGUACUGUGCCAGAAUGACAAUACAAAACAUAUUCAAAGAAACUGUUUUCCCAAUGUAACUGUUAUCUGUGAUUUAAA